AUGGCGCGAACUACCACCCAUUUUCUUCCGGCGCCCGAGGUUCGCAAGCAAUUCGCUGGUCUUUCAAAGGACGAUGAGAACGAACGAUUGGAAGCUGCGAAAGGUCUCAACCUCGCAUUACGAAAUAUCACAGAAAACCGCGACGAAACCGUCAAAUACUGCUUGAUUCGAUUGAUCAAAGGUUUAACCAGUGCCAAUGAUUCGAGUCGCAUUGGGUUCUCCUUAGCUCUGGUGGAGUUGCUCUAUAGCCUUCUUGAUCCUAAGGACCCACUAUUGACCGACCUACCCUUCCGAUCCGUUGUACAACUUAUUGUGGAGCAUACCGAACCCACCCAAGGACUUACAAAGUCGGAGGAACGAGGAUUUUCUUUCGGUCGACUGUUCGGUCUCAAAGCGAUAAUAGAAACAGAACUACUGUUCACCAAGGAGUCGGAUAUAUCAAACUGGCAGUCGGUGUUAACACAACUAGUGGUCCUAGCGCAGAAGAAGCCGUGGUUACGGGAAUCCUGCUGUUUGGUCAUUCGAAAUGCUGUACUUGCGAUAGAAAGCUCGCAGAAAGAACUCGUCAAGGUCACUUGUGACGAGCUAGAAAAGUCAGGACUCAUAAAGUCGAGCGACGGCAUCGGUAUCUGGGUCGCAUUAAUACAAAAACACAAUAAAACGCUAGAAAGGCUAAACAUCCGACUCCAAAAACGGUCCUCGCCGUUCGAAAAGGCCUACCUUCAGACACUAGCCAAGAUUCUCAAGGAAUCAGAAGGAAAAGACGAAGAUGGUGAAAAGCUAGCACAGAAAGGGAGCUGGAACGCAAGGCUAUCAUGGGUUUGGGACUCUAUAUUCGAAUUCUACACCUCUGAUACACCCCAAAAGGACAUCGCCUCCUUCCCAGAGUUCUGGCAGGCUGUCGUAAAUGAUGGUCUAUUCUCUAAUGGUUCUUCAGAUGAACGUAAAUUCUGGGGCUUCUUAGUAUUCAACAAGGCCAUCUCGGCCUUUGAAAACAAAGACACAAUAUCCAUAUUAUUCUCGCCGAAUCUGAUGAAAUGUUUCAUCAAUCAGCUAAGCUCGCCAGAGCGUUACCUCCACAAAGCGGCCCAAAAGUCCCUCCGGGUCAUAAAGUCCAAAGCCGAGAAUAGCCCAUCAAUAGCAUCGACUGUUCUUACUUGUCUAUUAAGUCGCAAUGGCAGUCCAAACUUCGAAUCCGUCACCAAGACUAAAGUGAUUGAGUCUCUAUUCUCGUGCGCGGAUGAGCAAGGACAACUAGAGAUAGUCCGAUUCUUCAAGUCACUGAUCCUGGAACCUGCAGCUGAAGAUACGAAAUCCAUUGAAAAAUCCAGGCAAUGGGCUGCCGACCAGCUUCUUUCCAUGAUCAGAAGCAGCAAGUCGACUCCAAAAAGCUCCUAUGUAACCGAGAUCAUUAAUAUAUUCGUCGAAUACGGCCACUUCAACAUCAAAUCCAACUCCUCCGCAGACCUUGCCUUCUCCGCCACAACCCAAGCCACCUUCCGGACCAGACUCUCAAGCUGCCUAUCAGAACUUCUCCAGAACUCGGAUCUCAAAUCUACUGUUUGGUCCGCAAAAGCUGUUUUGUUUAUAAAACAAAAACGAGAAGAAUCAGCCGACGAGUUUGCAACGACUGUUGACGAAAGCAUCGAAGAAGAAAUCGAAAAGGUGUUCAAAAUAGUUUCAAAACUCGAUAAAAAGACACCAACUCUCGGUUCUAGAAGAUACGCCUUUGCACUGAUGUAUUCGUUACUACUACUUCAACUCUUCAACGGCGAACCCGAUGCGAUGGAUAUGCUUCAAGACCUCCACCUAGUAUUCGAAAAAAUCGGCAAGGAGAGGAAGGAAAAGGAAAAGAAGAAGGAUAAGCACCGCCAUAAACGCCAGAAGCAUGAGCCCGAGGGACAGGACCACGAUCACGGAGAAGAAGAUGAUGAAGAAGAGCAGGACUCUCUUGAAAUCCUGAUCGAGUUGUUACUCGGGUUCCUCGCUAAGCCUUCCGUUUUGGCGAAGAAGAUGUCGCAAACAGUAUUUAAGUCUUUUGCGGAUUCUUUGAGCGCAUCGGCGCUAGAUUCGUUAUUAAGGCCGUUAGUUGUCGAAGAGACACAGGAAGGGCAGAGGGAGUUGUUUGAUAUUGAGGAUGAGGAUGAAGUUAUGGAUGAUGCAGAUUCUGAGGAGGACGAUGAUGGGGAAGAUUCGGAUGUCGAAGUCAUCGAUGUGGAAGAAGAUUCUGCGGAUGAAGAAGAUGGCGAGGACGAUGAGGAUGAGGAUGAAGAUGAAGAGUCCUCAGACGAAGAAGAGGAUGACGAUGACGAUGACGACGACGAACCCCUUGACGAAGAAACCCGCAAACUCCACGCUGCCCUUGCCGAAGCUCUGGGUACAUCCAAGGACUCAAACGCCUCCGACGCUUCUGACUCUGACGAAUCCAUGGACGACGAUCAAAUGCUCCUAGUCGACGAGCAACUCUCCAAAAUCUUCAAAUACCGCAAAACCCCCAACAAACGCCAACAAAGAGCUUCGGCUAAGGAAUCAGUCGUAAACUUUAAGAACCGAAUUCUAGAGCUCCUCGAGAUAUAUGUUAAGGGAGAUGGAAACUGUGAUGAAAAGAUUAAAGUCAUUGUUCCUUGUCUCGAAGCUAUGCGCAAAACAGGGAAUCCAAGCGUUCGCAGCAAUGCUCACAACGUUCUGAAAUCGUUAACCCAAUCCAACAAGAAAAAAUCACCGAAGGACAAAGAAGAUGAUACAACCACAACCAUAUUCACGGAUCCGUCAUCAGCCUUCGAAAUCCUCAAACAAAUCCACCAGGAAUCAUCUCAGUCCCAUCACCAACCGCAGCAAUCCCGUGAACACGCCGCAUCAUGUAGCCACUGCAGUCUAUAUGUCUCCAGAAUAUUAGUAGCAGGCGAUAAAUCCUGGAUCGAACGGAUCACAGAGUUAUACUUCACAAAGACAAUGGUAAAUUGGAUGACAGACGCAAAAUGUGGGACGCAGCCCGCUCUAUUCACAGACUUUGUAACAUGGGCGGGGACUAUAAGAAAGUCAUUAACUACCGCCACUCCUGCCCUAAGUGGUGAGAAAGUCGAAAUUACGGGUAAAUCCGGAAAGAGUGAUAAAAAGAGGAAGAGAAAGAAUAAAUAG